UAGAUUAGAUUAGAUUAAUUUUAUUAAUCCCACAACUGGGAAAUUCAUUUACCACAGCAGAAAAAUAAACAUCUAUAGAAUAAACAUCUAUGGAAAUAUACAACAAAAAUACACCAAAUAUACACUAAUAAAUACAAUAUACAUUUGUAAGCUGAUAUGUCACCACUUGUUGGUGCAAUCACUUUCAUCACUGGGAAGGUGAGGCACUGAAGAGUGAAGAAGCUGUUCACCGAGAUCCACUGUUGUACUUUUUAUAAUUAUAUAAUAUAUAUAUUAUAUAAUAAUGUUUUGCUCAUUUCCCAUAGACAACCAUAAAAAACAAUAUAAAAUCGAUUAUUACAGAUAAAGUAAUAAAGUAAAAGCACCCACCUAAAAAUGCUUAAAAAUUAUAUAAUAAAAAUAGUGUGAAUCACAUAACCAGCAGAAGAGCCAGCUGAGAUAAUGAGAGAACUAUCUAGUGGUGAGGCUGAAGAUUACAACUGAUCCGCAGCUGGUUAGUUUUCUGUCUUUUCACCGCGGUUUGACUUGGUAAUGACAUUACAUCAGAUAUAAACUGAUCAGGUUGUUUAUUCAACAGCAAUACUUAAUCAAUAGGCUACUAUUAACAUAGCUAAUAAUAAUUGAUACGUGAUUAAUAAAAACUGUCACAACUGCAGAAAAAACAACUUGAGGUUUACAGGACACGUUCAGGAUCUGAGGGUCCUCCUCAUGUUGUCCCAGCCCGUGGUGGGCUGCAGUUCCCCGGGAACAUGAUGCUGUCUUCUGUGUGUCCUCUGGACCUGUUUUCCUCAGUUAUUGAACUGUUCGGUUGGUUUCGGUCUGUUUUCACCGGAUGUAUCCCCGGUUGUCAUUGGCUAUUCAGGAGCAGGUGGCCCCGCCCUCACGCGUCACUGGCUGCCGGCAGUGACAAUCAGGGAUAUUGCCGUGACGUCACUGCGGUGCGGCAGAUGAUUGGUUGUCCGUCGCGCAUAAUCUCAUCACCGACUUCCUCUGGUUUUGUUCACCAUGUUGGAUCCGCUGCUAGUCUCAGCCGCCGUGUGACCGACAGUUUGAUCAUGUCAGCGGCAACGGAGCGACGUCGGCCCGACGUGUAGCGGCUCCACCGGGCUGCUUCCUGUUGUUCUGCUGACAGCGGGGCUCAUCGACGGAGGCUCGGCUGUUCUGAUGCAGACACACGGACUCCUCUCAGCUAGCUCCGGGCUGUCAGGUCCAUCUCCGCGGUCUCCUCUGUAGCUCCUGUCAGCUCCUGGCAGCGGGAGCUGAUCCCGCAUUAAAAGGAUUUAACUUUGUUCCCGCGUUGUUUUUUUAUCCUCCGUGGGUCGUUGACUUGAGGAGACGGGGACAGUCCAACGCGGCAAACACGGCGCUGUCGAUGGGGGAAGUAAGUUGUUUUCCAGCCGUGAGCGAGGAUUUCUCUGGUCCUGUUCCGAGUCCCGAGUCCUGCUCUGAGGCUUCGUGUCUGUCACAGUGAUGGGGGUCUGGGUCCUGGAGCACGGCUCGGUGGAUCGGUGUAAUAAUAUGUGAGUGGCGUGGACAGCCGAGGCCUGGGCCUGCCUGCCUGCCUGCUGUACUGUGGCCUGGGCUGGGAUACAGCUCCUCUGCACCGGAUCAGCAGUGUUAAUUACGGCCGGAGAUUAGCCCCGCUGACGGAGGGCGGUCUGGAGGAGGAUUCACUUCGGAGGAAUAGAUGAGAUUUCCCGGCUGCGGGAGGAGGACGGCUCUGGACCGGGGCGUGUGGCGAACUUGGACACUUUUAAGAGAUGAAGCUCCGCUGCCUCCCAUGUGACAGGCUUUAGAUCACACUACUAUCAGGAGGGAGGGGGCACCUCCAUCAUGAGGGACAUCUAGGACCACCACUUUUAUCUAUUGAGGGGGGGCCGAGUCUUUCUGAGUUGAGUUGUUGGCGCAGGUUUCAGAGCUACAUGCUCGUGCUCUCCGUCAUUAGCCCCGGGCCCCCGCAGCCUGAUGGAGAACCGCUCACUAAAUUAAUGUAGAGCCAGAGGGUCACUAUGAUGAAGCGGCUCUGCACGGGUCCUCUGGCCGCAGAGUGAAGCAGCUGCUGCUGAUCAUUCAGACCUCACAUCACUUUUCUAUGUUUCUCCAAGUUUGAUGAGUCCCGUGUUGCAGCCGUGUAGCCGUUAGCAUCACUUCUGACAGGACGCUUCGCGGCAGUGGAUGGCUCUUUGCGGCACAGCGGCUACAAAUGUUACAAAAAUGAUGGCUGCUUAUAACGGUGGCUCCUCGGCAGUGGCUGCCCAUCACCCGCACCACCACCACCAGCUCCAGCACCUCCCGCCUCCCCACAUGCACCACCACCACCACGCUGGCCAGCAUCACUUGCAGCACCCGGGCUCCGCUGCCGCCGUGCACACGGUCCAGCAACACACGUCCACGGCUGCCGCUGCGGCGGUGAUGCUCAACCCCGGCCAGCAGCAGCCCUACUUCCCCUCCCCUGCCCCCGGACAAGCCCCCGGGCCGGCGGCGGCCGUGGCUCCCGCCCAGGUUCAAGCCGCCGCUGCCGCUGCUGUCAAAGCCCACCACCACCACCACCACCACCAGCAGCAGCAGCAUCAGCAGCAGCAGCAGCAGCAACACACACACCACCUACAACAGCAGCUGGACAUAGAGCCUGACAGGCCCAUCGGCUACGGAGCGUUCGGGGUGGUCUGGUCGGUGACUGACCCCAGAGACGGGAAACGAGUUGCCCUCAAAAAGAUGCCCAAUGUCUUCCAGAACCUGGUGUCUUGUAAGAGGGUGUUCAGGGAACUGAAGAUGCUGUGUUUCUUCAAACAUGAAAAUGUUCUCUCUGCUCUGGACAUCCUCCAGCCUCCUCACAUCGACUACUUCGAGGAGAUUUACGUGGUGACUGAACUGAUGCAGAGUGACCUCCAUAAGAUCAUCGUGUCGCCGCAGCCUCUGAGCUCAGACCACGCCAAAGUUUUUCUGUAUCAGAUUCUGCGAGGACUUAAAUACCUUCAUUCUGCCGGGAUCCUGCACCGAGACAUCAAACCUGGAAACCUCCUGGUCAACAGCAACUGUGUGCUCAAGAUCUGUGACUUUGGCCUGGCUCGGGUGGAGGAGUCGGAUGAGUCACGUCACAUGACUCAGGAAGUGGUGACACAGUACUACCGAGCUCCGGAGAUCCUCAUGGGGAGCCGCCACUACUCCAACUCCAUCGAUAUCUGGUCGGUGGGCUGCAUCUUUGCUGAGCUGCUGGGGAGACGCAUCCUGUUCCAGGCCCAGAGUCCUAUCCAGCAGCUGGAUUUAAUCACUGACCUGUUGGGGACUCCCUCCAUGGAGGCGAUGAGGACGGCGUGUGAAGGGGCUCGAGCACACAUCCUCAGAGGACCUCACAAACAGCCGUCACUUCCUGUUCUCUACACACUGUCCAGUCAAGCAACACAUGAAGCUGUGCACCUCCUCUGCAGGAUGCUGGUGUUUGACCCGUCAAAGAGGAUUUCGGCGAAGGACGCCCUGGCCCACCCGUACCUGGACGAGGGUCGACUGCGCUACCACACCUGCAUGUGUAAAUGCUGCUACACCACCUCCUCCGGUCGCGUCUACACCAGUGACUUUGAGCCGGUCACCAAUCUGAAGUUUGACGACGGCUUUGAGAAGAACUUGAGCUCUGUGAGACAGGUCAAAGAGAUCAUCCAUCAGUUCAUUCUGGAGCAGCAGAAGGGGAGUCGAGUGCCGCUCUGCAUCAACCCUCAGUCAGCUGCUUUCAAAAGCUUUAUCAGCUCCACAGUGGCUCAGCCCUCUGAGAUGCCUCCGUCUCCGCUGGUGUGGGAGUAGCUGCUGCUGCUGCUGCGUCGCCAUCGAAGGACAAGCUGCUAAACUGGAACCAGGACGUGUCUCAGCGUCUUCUGUCGUCUGCGUAGCAUUUCACUGGAGAGCAGGACUCAGGUCUGAGGAGACUCCACUGCUGACUGCUGUAUGUGCUGUAAGAGUGAGGCAAAGCUCUUUAGACCAAACCACAGACAAACCCACCUGCUCACUUCCUGAUAGAUUCACAGUUAUAUAAUGUUUUCAUACAUAUAUUAAUACAAAUAAAACAGAUGUUUAUUUUAAAUUUCUCUAAUCAAACAGAUUCAUCUCCCAUCACAUUAAAUUAGACUAAUUUCUCCACCGGGUUGAUUCAGUCCAGACAAUCGACGAUAGCUGAUCACAGACACUUUUAUAAAAACAUUAUUAAAGUUAUUAAAGUUACAGACUCGUCCCUGAAUGUUCGGCCGUGGUUUUAAUGAUGUAACAGAUCGUUUACCAAAGACGAGGAGCCUCAUGUAUAAAUGAUGCAUAAACAGUUUCUACAUCAGCAUGAGACACGUCAGGUCACAUGGUUAAAGCGCCAUUAUCCACCACAGGAGUAACUGUCGGCUUCUUCCACAGCUCUUCUGCGCCCUAGAGGCCAGAACAGAUCAGUGCAGCUUUAAAGGUGCUGCAUGUAAAUAUUUGAGUUUUUAAUGUUCAAAGAAUGAAAUAAAAUUAACAGAAUGUGAAGAAAUAAUAGAUCUGACCUUAGAGAUAUCUACUGAAGUUAGCAUGCUAACCAGCUAGCCCAGUGUUGUAAUACCAAUUUGUACCUGAAGAGGCGAUAGUGAGUCGCUGUAGUCCAGUCUGCCUUCAGUCCAGCAUAAGAGGCGGAAGAAGAACGAAUGAAACCACGAUCUGAACAGUAAGUGAAGAAACCAAAACAUCCUAGAUACAGGUGCUGAUCAGGGGGUGGAGCCAUGGUAUCAAAGUCCCGCCCAUGUGCUGUGUGUCUCUUGAUGUCACUGCUGAUGUCACUGCAGGGUCAGUGAAGGUCAUUCACACUCAACUGAAGUGAAUGUUUGAUGAAGAGGUCUGAUAGAUCUAGAUCCUGUCAGAGAUCUGGACCACCUGUUGAAGCAGGUACAGCUGUCAGUCCUCCAGAUGUUCUCAGACUGACGGGGAUCAUUGCCGACACUGAAACUUUAACAGAAGCAGGGUAGAAGAGUGAGAUGUCUUCCUCUGCUUCUUCAUGUUAUUAUGUUCAGCAGCAUAAUCCAUUCGUUCAGUCUCUGUUGUCACCCGAACAUGUGACCGACUCUUCUUCAUGGGUUAAUUAAGCAGCUCCAGUAGCUCCUCCUCUUCUUCUUCUUCUACACUGUCUCAGACAAACGAGCUUUGAAGUAAAUUAUUUAAUAUAUUUUUAGAGUUGUUUUUUAUCCUGUCCUCGUUAGCAUGCGUCCUCAGAGUGUGAUGAUGUACAUAUGUGACAUAGAGAUCUACACUCCCUCCUAAUAAACAAACCACUGUAUAGAAAGUGUAUUAGCCUGCACAUUUCUCAGGCUGUGAAGUUCAUUUUAUUUUUAAAAGAAAUGUAUAUAUUUUCUUGAUUUUUACCUGCAGCAGAACGAGUCGAGGAUCAUGAUCUGUGUUGUAGAUAAAUCUUUGUUUUCUGAUGUUAAUGAUUCUUCACGGCGACACUGUGUGAAUAUGUAAAUGAGAUUCACCGUGUUGGUCUCUACCUCUUGGCUUCGUUUACCUCCACACUUUUCUGCUUCAUGUGGGGAUGAAUUCAAACACUUGAAUGUCCAUUCAAGCUUUUAUACUGAAAUGAUGAAAAUAUACUGCCCCCACCCCUCCCCCUCUCCUGCACCAAGUGUAAACCAUUCACCCAACAUUUGAAUCAUCAGACGUUUGUAUUAAAGCCAAGUGUUUCCUGACUGUUAGUCAAUUUUACUCUUUGAUAGAAUAGGACCUGAUGGGGGGGGGGGGGGGGUGUAUUUGUCUUUUAAUCAGAUCAAUAUCAGUAUUGAUCAGAUCAUUGAAUCUGAAUCUCUGAUUCAACCGAGUCAUCACAGGAAAGAUAAAGGUUGUUAAUGAUUCCUGAUCCACUGAAACCAGGUCUGAAGUGGUCUCAGUCAGAUCCAGGACCUGGUGGUUCAUGUAUUCAUAGAGUUGUGUUUGGCAGUGAGAGGGUUAAUGUCAGAGAACACACAAUGAACAAACACCAUAACAAUAAUAAUUAAUAUUAUUAUUAUUGUUUCAGACUGAAGCAGAUUGUGAGUGUUUUUUCUGCUGGAAAGUGAAUCACGACGAUCAUGUGUUUCACUCCGGGUCCAGGGUCAGACUCCGGGUCCCGGAUCAGACUCCGGGUCCCGGAUCAGACUCCGGGUCCCGGGUCAGACUCUGGGUCCAGGGUCAGACUCCGGGUCCCAGAUCAGACUCCGGGUCCUGGGUCAAACUCAAGGUCUGAUGUUUGAUCUGUGUCUCAGUCUCAUCUUCUGAUGAAGAGUAACCUCUUCAUCAUCAUCAUCAUCAUCUUCUGUAGGAGACUGAAUGGUGGGAAUCUUCUCAGGAAUGAACACAGCUGUCAGUGGUCCUCGCUGCCCCCCCCCCCCCCCCCUCCCCCUUCCCCUCUGUGUAGAUACAGGUUUUUCCUCUUUGUUUUACUUUGUUGAAUGAAGAACUUGAAUCCUAUUUUGAAACUUGUAGAAACUAACAACUACUGGACGACUGAUUUACUGAAACUGUUUGUAUAUUUGAUGUCAUUUGAAUAAACGUUGCAGUAUAUACAGAACAUACAUGUAUCAGCUGACUGAACUCCACCCACAGGCUCCGCCCACAGGCUCCACCUGGAGAACAGUGAUGUAAACAUUAAAUGUAACAUUUAAAAAACAA